AUGAUUGAUAGCAGAAGUCGAGGAGGAAAAGCAAGUGUUCAUAACAGACAGUUUGUGCUUAUGUUUACAAUUGUGUCGUUGCCAUUUCAUCUUCUAGGGUUUUGGGUUAGGGUUGUUAGCCCCUAUAUGGACCAAAAUGCCAUUGGUCUUGCUGACUCGGCCCAACAGCUCCAGUGGACCAAAUCACACAGAACUACAAACUCAAGCUCCUUUGAAUGGAAAGUGUACAAAGGAGAACAAAAAUUAAAUGCCCAAAAACCACCAUCACAAAGCGAAAAAAAGCCACAUAAAACGAGCUUAACGAAUCAGAUAACAUGGGUCAGCAAGGCCCAGAUGGGGAAAGCUAGCAAGAAAAUAAUGCCGAGCGUAGUUCCGGAAGCCUCCGGAAGCUCGGAUAUGCUCUUGCAGCAGAUAACAACCGAUUGCAAGACAAAUUGCCACCCCAAUCCAGUGAUCUCUCACCGUGUGGGCAAAAAAAUCGGGCGAAACCACAAGCAGAAGGAUCAAAGACCCCGGCAUCUCCAGCCAGUCUACAACCAAUCAAACAAAGAUAAGAACUGUCACACACCUAAGAAAGUGGAACAGGACAUGGGGAAAACUGAGGAAAAUAAUCAAACGAAACUGAAACAACAAAUUUCCCAACUUUUUUUUUUAAAUGGGGGAAAUCGAGAUGGGGAGAACUCACAUGGCGGCAAAGGAGGCCACCCAUCUGAGAAAGGAAGUGCCGACGGCGCGGCCGCCGAGCUCGGAGGCGUGGCCGAUGAGCUUUUUAGCGGCGAGCUUCAAUUCGUUGAAAUCCGCAUCCAGCAGCGCCGCAGCUUCCUGGUCUGUUUUCAUGGCCAAAUAAUCGAUCCUCCCCAUUUUCCCUUUCUUUUUAGGGAAUUGGGGAAACGGAAAGUGGGCCGUUUUCUGCGUGUGCGCGGACGAACUCAAAACUCCUACAAAGAAAAACUCACCAUCGGCAUAACUCAAAAGUCCUACGAAGAAAAUCUCACCAUCAACUCCAUCGACGACCAUCGGCUGAAAAAGUACACCAUCGAUGCUACUUCCCCUAAUUAA